AUUAUAAUGGAGACGAUAACUAAAUGUAUGAAAUUCGAGAGUCCACAUUUCCCCGUGUCUAAGAAAUGUUGCUGUGUACCAUUACGUCGUGGUAUCAUAAUAUGUAGCUACUGUAAUCUGGUAUUCAUCUUGUUGUCUUUACCUAUCUUGAUAUUCAUGUUGGUGGAGUCAAAGACGACAGGUCAGGUAACUGUUACCACACUGAAGUUGGAGCCUAAUGUACACCUGCCAAUCACAAUAACUCUAAAUGUAAUUGACGUACUGUUAACUGUCAUCUUGUUGGUGGGAUUACAUAAGAAAAGAAGAGAUCUGUUAAAGAUUUGUUUUUAUGCGGGAGUGGUGUAUGUGUUAUUAACUAUAAUAGUCGAUCUUGCUUUCUUCAAUUUUAACGAUUAUGCGGCAAAUAUUAUCUACGUUUGUGUCACAGUGUACAACAUAUAUUUUCUUUAUUUGGUUUACAACAUAGUUUACGUACUGCAACAGGAGGCGUUAGUACAAGUAAAAUACGUGACGUAUCAAGAACAACCGCCUCUGUAAUGAUAAGGUACAAUCGCACAGAAAUUACAUUUCUUACGAACGAUAUAAUCUUUUUAUUUAUCUGUACUUAUAAUGCAACCUAAAGGGUUGCAAGAAUCAGUGUGGUCACUCAAGGGUUAACAGUCUUUAUGCGUGAAAUAUUAAUAGAUUAUAAAAUAUAAAAAAAA